GGGGCGGCGCCAGGCGGCGGCAGCCGAGCACCGGGCGGGCGGCGCGCGGCGGUCUCCGGGGUAACGGCGGCACCGGCGGACCGGGACCGGGACCGGGGGCUGAGGCCGGCACCGGGAGCCCGGGGCCGCGCCUCAUGGCCGCGCGUGACCGUGACGCGAUCUCGUGGUACCAGAAGAAGGUCGGGGCCUACGACCAGCAGAUAUGGGAGAAAGCCAUCGAGCAGACCGAGAUGAAGGGCUUCAAAAGCAAGCCGAAAAAGAAGGGGCACAUCCAGCCCGACCUGAUCGACGUGGAUCUCAUCCGAGGUUCUACGUUUGCCAAAGCUAAGCCUGAGAUCCCUUGGACGUCACUAACUAGGAAGGGAAUUGUGAGAGUUGUGUUUUUCCCACUGUUCAGCCAGUGGUGGAUACAGGUCACUUCCCAGCGUAUUUUUAUGUGGCUCCUGGUACUCUACCUUAUGCAAGUCAUAGCAGUUGUAUUGUAUUUCAUGAUACCUGUGGUGAAUGCAAGUGAAGUCAUGGGACCUAUGUGCCUUAUGUUACUCAUGGGAACUGUUCACUGUCAAAUAGUGUCCACACAGAUCAGCAAAACUUCGGGAAACAACGGACUCAGCAGGCGGAGGAGGAAAUUACGCAAAUCUGUGGGUGUUGAUGGGAACAGCGGGUCUUCUCCUGAGAAAGCCAGUAAAGAACAGCAGUCGGAAUCUGCAUCAAUUCUUAACAGUUUAUUUGGCAUGCUGUUCCGAAGGAGGGUCAGAAGAAUAAAGAUGGUAGCUGAGAAAGGGACUGAGACAGAAAAUGGUGUGAAUGCUGUGAAUAAUGGUAUUAAGCACAGACAUGCCAGAUCUGAAUACAGGCUGAUGCACUUGAAAGAGAAAAACAAACUUUCAGAUGCAGAAAAGAGCCAUCAGGAUGAUUGCACCAACAGAGAUGGUAUUUCUGAUGACCUUUCAAGUGAGGAGGAUGCUGAAGCAAUGGCACAAAGGAUCUUACUAUGCCAGAAUGCAGAAGGGGCUUCCAGUGACAAUAGCUAUGAAGAGCAGAAAAGGCCUCUCAUUUCUCUGAACCAGGCUGUCUCACAGGUACUCAUGUUGAAUUUAAAAGCCCUUAAAGGUGCCAGAGACUCUGAUAGUGUCGUGGAAUCUGAACUGGAGUCCACAAUAUAUAGUCAGGACUCGAGAUCCUGCAUUAGCGUGGGAUCCCGGAGCUGUAGCGUGACCCGGAGAGACUCAGAAAGUACCCGCCAGGACUCUGAGACAGAAGACAUGCUUUGGGAUGAUCUGCUUCACGGCCCAGAGUGCCGCUCAUCCUGCACCAGUGACAGUGAGGAAGUGACAGUGAAAGGUACCAGGCGAGACCUGAAGGAAGAUGUUUUCCAGCAGAACCAUUUGUUUUGGCUCCAGAAUACAAGUCCAGCAUCUGCAAAAGUGAGUGCACUGAUCUGGGAAGGGAAUGACUGUAAAAAGGUGGACAUGUCUGUGCUGGAGAUCAGUGGAAUUAUCAUGAGCAGGGUUAAUGCCUACCAGCAGGGAGUGGGGUAUCAAAUGCUGGGAAACAUCAUCACCAUUGGAUUAGCAUUCCUGCCAUUCCUCUACAGACUCUUCCGCACAGAUAACCUGGAGCAGUUGUGCUCCUUUUCUCUAAUGGAGCUUUUGCACAUCUUUUGUGGAGCACCUGCUAGCAUCCCCGUCAUUGUUUUGUCUGCCAUCAACUUUCUUGAACGUCUUUGCUUAACCUGGAUGUUUUUCUUCAUGAUGUGUGUUGCUGAGAGAACAUACAAACAGAGGUUUUUAUUUGCCAAACUUUUUAGUCACAUUACAUCUGCUCGGAAAGCUAGGAAAUAUGAAAUUCCUCACUUCAGACUCAAGAAGGUAGAAAACAUUAAAAUCUGGUUAUCCCUUCGUUCCUAUCUAAAGAGGCGAGGCCCCCAGCGAUCUGUGGAUGUUGUUGUAUCAUCCAUCUUUUUACUGGCUCUUUCAAUUGCUUUUAUAUGCUGUGCUCAGGUCCUGAAGGGUCACAAAACAUUUCUGAAUGCAGCUUACAACUGGGAGUUCUUAAUCUGGGAGGCAGCACUUCUCCUCUUUUUACUACGCCUAGGAUCCUUGGGAUCUGAAACCAACAAGAAAUACAGCAAUAUUUCCAUCUUGCUUACUGAGCAGAUAAACUUAUACCUGAAGAUGGAGAAGAAGCCAAACAAGAAAGAACAGCUGUCGCUAGUAAACAAUGUUUUGAAACUCUCUACAAAGUUACUGAAGGAAUUAGAUACCCCAUUUAGGCUGUAUGGGCUGACCAUGAACCCAUUAAUCUACAAUAUAACACGUGUUGUAAUACUUUCUGCUGUCUCGGGUGUUGUAAGUGAUCUGCUAGGAUUCAAUAUCAGAUUAUGGAAGAUUAAACCCUGAGCUGACCAAACAUCAGCACUCAGCCAUCUGCUCCACCAGGACAGACCAGAGCCCAGUGGCUUGGGCAGAAAGCAGAGGCGCGCUCACACUACAGAAAGAUGUAACCGCCGAGGGCUUCAACAGUCUCAGCGUAUGUACUGAACGUUGUUCCUCUGCUGUACUGUUCUGUAACUCUACUGGGCUUAUUAGUUACCUUAUGGCAUACACAUGUACAACAGGAUAAAGGGGGCUAAAUACUAGUAGCUGAGAUUGAAAAUAUCAGGAAUUGUGUGCACAUACUGUGGGGCAUCAAACACGGUAAGAGUCAUGGUACUGCUCUUACUGGGGUGGCGCGAUGGGUGCCUUGUUUAACACCCAUCAAUCCUGUGCAUGAGCUAAACGAAGAGGCCUCCUGGUUCAGUCUGCAUCAUUUCCAGAGAGCACUGGAGCUACACUGACUUCAGAGCUCUGUUCAGCUAGACAAUACUUAAAGGCAGUUACCUGAAUGUGCUGAGGGCUUUGCCUCUUUAUCGUGAGCUACUGCAGGAUGCAGUGAAAUUCAGUCCGCACAAGCUGAACACUGCCCCUACGCUGACAGUUGUUGAGCUUGCAGCUGCAUAGUAGAUACAACAGAUUAAUACUGGGUAGCUUACAUUAGGCUUACUGCAAAUAAAUUACUGUUUUUUUGAAAACAUCAGUUACGUGAGAACAACCUUACAACACAACGCAUAGAACAGCUGGCAACUACAAGUAUUUUGCUAUGUUCAUUCCCGCUAACAUCUCCGUUAGGGUUAGUCAGUGGGCAGGUAGUAGCACGGGCUGUGUACAAAGGACAUGCUCCUGUACCUACUGGUGACGCACCAAACCCAGUGUUCUGUGAAGCUGCUGCAGCCGUGCACUGCACUAGUGCCUUACACUGGAAUACCUAAGGAAGUGUUCUGUUGCGUGGAUCAGGUUAGUGGGAGAUAAGUUACAAAGACCUCACUUAAAAAUAGAUUGUUUAGAAAAGGCAUAGGAGAGAAAAAAAAAAAAGGCUAUCAAACUUGCAUUUUCCUUAAGUUUUGUGACUAUUACCUUCAAUUAUAUUAGCAAUGGAAAAAAACAAACCAACCAACCAACCUUCUCAUAGCUUCAUUCUUUCACUUAAGGAGUAAGAGGGCAUGAGAAUCUUGGGUAGCAAAUUGUUUAUAGCUAUUUUCUGUACAAGGAAAGAUUGUAAGAUGGAAAAGGAAAUGACAUUUUUAUAUAUCAAAAUGUACAAAUAAACCUACAGUACAAGUAUUUCAUCGUAAA